UGCUGUCAUCACGGAGUCUCCCAGUUGAUAGUAACGCUGUGAAUUGUGGGCAGGAGAGAUCACAGCCGCCCCCCACCCACACCCCGGGGAGCACUGGACACUGAUCCUCCAAGUGACCCGCCCCCCCGGGGGAGAGCCGGACCCCCGCAGCCAUCCGUCUACCCGCUGGGCAUCACCGGCCGCCGGUCAUCUGGAGCUGCUGCCACAAUAAAAUAUGUUGACAACGAGUACAGCAUGGAUUUAAAAAGAUCAAGGAGCAGGCCGUGAAAUCAUUUGAGUCGACCAGCAGCUCAUCCUUCUAUGUCUCGGCACGCAGUCAGCCAUGUAAAGCCUUCCCAGUUAUCCACAGGAUCCGCCGUUCUAUAGAGCUACAUCUCGGACAGGAUGAGAAAGUUACGAAAAGGACUUUUGCUCGUCUUCUACCGUUAUAAUUGGAUUGUGUAGAAAACACACCAACGCGGCUGUCAUUCUAAAAUGAAGGAAGUAAUCUACUGGUCACCCAAGGAGGUUGCUGACUGGUUGACCAAGAGAGGUCUCCAAGAAUACUCUGAGACCUUUAAAUCCCUCAACGGCCAAGGGUUGCUCAGGUUAAAAGAAGAUGAUUUUAAAAAGCCGCCCUUGUCACUUGUAUCAUCUGAUAAUGGACGGCAAUUGCUGGAGAUGAUAGAGACCCUGAAAAUCGAGAACCACAUAGAGGAACAUAAGAAUGGUUACACAAACGGACAUAUUAGCAUGAAAGAUGAGAUCAAUUCCAAUGACCAUAGUUUCACCAGCAAAGCCAAGAAGAAUGGGAUGCCAAAUGGAGUCAGAAAGGACAUGAUAAAGAUCCCCAUGCCUGUGGAGGUGGAGCGUUCCCAGGCUUUUCCCGAUGAGUGGAAAAAAACCUUUAUAGCCUUCCUCUAUGCACUUUGCUGUUUUAUGUUCACCACAGUGAUGAUCUCUGUCGUCCAUGAACGUGUGCCUCCUAAGACAGAGGUAGGCCCGCUCCCGGAUGUGUUUUUUGAUCAUUUUGACCGGGUUGCGUGGGCCUUCUCCAUAUGUGAGAUUAAUGGAAUGAUUCUUGUGGCGCUAUGGAUUCUCCAGUGGGUUUUUCUGAAGUACAAGUCUAUUAUUUGCCGGCGCUUUUUUUGUUUAGUUGGGACGCUGUACUUGUACCGAUGCAUAACGAUGUAUGUUACUACGCUGCCGGUUCCUGGAAUGCAUUUUAAUUGUUCUCCAAAGCUUUUUGGCGACUGGGAGGCUCAGCUGAGGAGGAUUGCAAAGAUGAUUGCGGGAGGUGGACUUUCAAUCACAGGAGCUCACAACAUGUGUGGGGACUAUUUGUACAGUGGCCACACGGUCAUGUUAACACUGACAUACAUGUUCAUAAAAGAGUAUUCUCCUAGGCGUCUCUGGUGGUAUCUCUGGAUUUGCUGGUCCCUCAGCGUUGUUGGGAUCUUCUGUAUUCUUUUAGCACAUGACCACUACACUGUAGAUGUCGUCGUCGCUUAUUACAUCACAUCCCGGUGUUUCUGGUGGUAUCAUACUAUGGCCAACCAGCAAGUGCUAAAGGAGGCGUCCCCAUCAAACCUCCUCUCACGGGUCUGGUGGUACAGGCCUUUCCAGUACUUUGAAAGGAAUGUUCAUGGUGUUGUACCUCGUUCCUAUCAGUUGCCUAACCUAUGGUCAUGGCUACCUACCAGGCAGGCGACCUACAGCAGACUGAUAAAUGAAGCAUAGCAUCAACUGCAAAAGGCAGUCGGUGUACCGUGCGCCUCCAGAAGUGCUAAGAACUCUUGGACAAUGCCAUAGACAAAAAACACCUACCAUCCCUCUUUAUGUUAACUUACCUUGACCCCUUCAUUUACCUGGUCAGCACUGUGAUAACUCUCCAAAGGACCCACGUCGGAAGCAAACAAGAAUUCAACUCCUCAUGGACUGGACACAAUUUCCUGCCGCCCACGUGGGAACAACAUUAUCCAUAGCCAUGCUUGUUUGUAUAUGAAGAAACCACAUAAACCUGUACGAUUUUAUACCCUGCGUGUGUCUCUUUCCAGUCAUGUCUGGGAAUAAAGCAUUAUUUUCUUGGGAAAACAUAAUUUCAUACCACUUACCCUAAAUACUGGGCUCCAAGCCAUUUUCUAACCAGUGUCUCUAUGAAGGCUUUGAAGUAUAAUGCUGCGGUCCCACAGAAUAAAUGAGCUAUGCUUCAGCAGUUUCUUUUCCUUUUUAAAUUUUUUUUUUUUAAAUACUUUUAGCGUUUUACUUUAGUUAAAGUCUAUUCAUCAAACCAGAUUUUUUUUUUCCGUGUUUUUCUUUUUUUUUUUUUUUAUUAUAAAUCUCGCCGUAUCCAACUUCACCGCUCUGUGGUUUAUAGUAGAGCCUUGUUCUUUUACUUUUUGACUUAUUUAUUAUCUUUUUGUGGGACUGCAGCUUUGCGUUCUCCAAUCUUUCUACCUGUGGCAGCAAUGCUCUGUUUAAAGAAAAAAUUAUGAAAAAAAGACAAUGAGCGGUUAAGUAAAUAUGGUUUUGUAAAAAUCUUUAGCGGCGGUAUUGUAGAGUGAAUUUUCUAAGUAUUUCCUACUUUUAUUUUUCAAAAAUGACGUUGAUAAAGCUAACAUUUAAAGAUUUUUACAUAUCAGAGAAGAUCUAAUUGGAAGAGAGAUUUGUAACUGUUUCUAGUGCCUUCCUUGUCUUGAUUGUAUGGUCAGUAGGGCAGUCUUAAAGAAAUGUAAUUUUAAAGAAAGUAUUCUAUGUCUCGUCUGAAAGAAAUUCUAUAGAUCUAUAUGGAGAUGUUAUUACAUAUCUUGUGCGAUCACACUUGCAGAACACACUUUAAUGCAUAUUCUACUGUUUGAUCUAUUCAGAGCGAAAAUGUAGAAAUUUCAUGUUGUAAACUGUAAACUUUCAUUUUCAUUAUUUUCAGUUUUUUUUUUUAUUCCAAACUGCUUUUUUAACCCAAAAUAUUUGUGAAAAGCAGUCACUAAGAAACCUUACAGAUUUUUUUUUUUUUUGUGUACUACAAACUCAAUCUGGAUUUGGGUGGCGUUCAUUAAAGGCCAUUUUAUGAUUUCAUUUUAUUCAUUUUGGGCUAAAUAAUUUUUUCAGUUGGUGUUUCUUUAAAAAAUAAAUUAAUAAUCUGCUCAUCCAGUUCUGAGUUAAAAAAAAUAGUCUGUCUACAAGCUGUGGCUUUGUUUUCUUGGAAUCCUGUCAUCUGACAGCUCAUGUGUAGCUCUUAUUCCUGAUCUCCUUACCUCAUAAAUGCUUUUGAAAGCUAUAUUCUUAUCCAUUUCAUAAGAAUUGAUCUACAAAGAGUGUUUGACGUUAGGAGAUCAGGUACAAGUAUUAGGCCCCUUUCACAUGAGCAAGUUUUCCGCGCGGGUGCAAUGCGUGACGUGAACUCAUAGCACCCGCACUGAAUCCUGACCCAUUCAUUUCAAUAGGUCUGUGUACAUGAGCGUUCUUUUUCACGCAGCCCUGGCCCCAUAAAAGUUAAUGGGUCUUCAGUGAAAAACGCAUUGCUUCCGCAAGCAGGUGCGGACGCAAUGCGUUUUUCACUGAUGGUUGAUGAGAUGUUUGCAAACCUUCCGUGGUUUUUUUAUCACGUGUGUGAAAAACGCAUCAAAACGCAUUGCAUCUGUUUGAACGCAAUCGGAGACAAAGCUUGCAAAAUGGUGCGAGUUUCACUGAACGCAUCCUGAGCCAAUCCGUCACGGCUCUGAAAGAGGCCUUACACCUGAGCAGUCAUGAUUCAAAGCAAAGUCACAGCUUGCAAACUGACUUUUUUUUUUUUUUUUUUUUUGUUAAACCCUUGUAUGAUAGAAACGACUGAAAUUUUUUAGACCAAUUGUUAUCAUAACACCCCCCCCCCCCCCCCCCCCUGUACAUAGUCUUUUAGAUUAAAGAAUAAUUUCAAGGAAAACUAUAUGAUUCGGGCCCUAUAUAAUUCUCAUAAAUCUUGGUCAGACACUGUAGCGUUUGAUUUUUGAGGCUGCCUUUGCGGAGACUUUUGUAUGUCCCCAUGGCAGCACUUCCUGUCCUUGUGCACUGGCAACUCCGGGCAUUCAGACUGUAAUUUGUUUCAAAUCUUAGUUUUUAUUUUUCUAGCAAAAAAAGAUGGGAUCCAUUGGCCAGAUUACAGGAUGGAAGAUGUUGCCAUGUGUAUACUGGCAAAGAAGCUGUCUCAGCUGAUGAAGAAAUUCAACAUAUUAAAACAGGCAUGCUCAACCUGCGGCCCUCCAGCUGUUGCAAAACUUUAACUCCAAUCAUUCCCUGACAGCCUACAGAAGGGCAUCGUGGGAGUUGUAGUUUUACAACAGCUGGAGGGCCGCAGGUUGAGCAUGCCUGUGUUAAAAUAUUUAAACCUCUUUCAGGGACUUCAAAGGGUUGUUCAGGGUUAAAAUUAGAAUUGUGUGUGUGUUGUUUUUUUUUUGUUUGUUUGUUUUUUAAUAAAUAGCGCCACCCUUCAAUGACUGUAUCUAGUUUUGCACCUCGGCUCUGUUCAUGUGAUUUGUAAAGAGAUGCAAUACUAGAUACAGUCCAUAGAUAAGAGUGGAACUGCUUCAAGAAAAAAGAUUCCCGUUUCCUAAUCCUAGAAUAGAAAAGCCCUUUAAGAGUUGCAUUUACGUAGAUUUUUCUGAGUUUUCCUUUUAACCAUACAGAAUUCUAGAUUUUUCCUACUUAUUUAACAUCUCAGCUGGAUGCGGUAGGGAACAUGCUUUUACUUGGUCUUCUUGAGGUAGUCCUCUCAUAGAGUAAUAUAUGGAUGGCUGUCGACUGUCCACGUCGGUGGAUCCUGUCCUAGACCUCAGGUGCCCCCCUCACAUAGCACAGAACCUAUUAUUGUAUAUUAUUUGCUGUUAAUGAACUCCAGCCAUCAGUACAUUUUCGCUCGGGGGUGGAGUCGUCCAUUGUCCUGCUUAGAUUUUGAUACUCCCGAAUAGUCAGGUUUUCUAUGUUUUAUUUGUGCAGGAAAUAUGUGCACCAGUGUUUUUUCGCUCAAAUCAUAUUUAAAAGAAUAAAAGUAUUUGAUUAUAUGAUUGCCAAUGUACAGGAUAUAAUAGUUUUUUAAGAAUGAAGAAAUCGAUCUAUAAUUGAUAUAUAUAUCUAUUCUGUAUUUUCUGUAAAACAGAGUUUUCUUCUGUGUUUUUCCUUUUUUCUUUGUGUAUUCACAGGUUGAUAUUUGUACUGUAAAAAAAACAACUCUGAUUUGAAAAUAAAAAGGUUACAGAAAAACUUAAAAGCAAAUAGAAAACACUUGAAUUGUGUUGUGCUUGUAUUCAUAGCCUUACCAUUAAUGCUGGGCAGUAUGGAUUGGAAAUGUCUUUGUCUAUUUAUGGUGUCUUCUAUUUCUGACUUGAUAUAAAAAACACUUUCUAAAAAUGUUGUCCAGAUUAGGCUGAGUUCACACUUCAGUUAUUUUCAUCAGUUAUUGUGAGCCAAAACCAGUAGUAAAGCCUGCUCAGAGAAAGGUAUAAGGCCCCAUGCACACGGCCGUGGCCAUAUUGCGUCCCGCAGACAGCGGGUCUUUAAUACACAGGCACUGGCCAUGUGCACCCCACAUUCACUUGAAAGGGUCAGCAGUCCAGAAGGUCAGUGUGGAAUAAAGGCACGGAAGCACCACGUAUUUGUUUGGGGUUUCUGUCUAUGCAUCUGCACCGCAAAAAAAAUUAGUGCAUGCACUAGUUUUUUUUUCGCUGUGGAUCGCGGACCCCAUUUAAGUGAAUGGGUCCACGUCUGCAUGCAGCAGCCCUACAGUUGGUGCCUGUGCAUUGCAGACCACAGUUUGCAGUCUGCACAAGCCUGGCCAGUACACGUUCGUGUGCAUGAGUCCUAAGGGAAAGAUCUGUAACUGUAAUGUGUUCUUCAGACGAACCUAGUAUUGGUUCACAAUAACUGAGGGCAAAAACUGAUCGAAUAACUGAAGUGUGAACUCAGCCUUAUUUGCUCCAACUGUUUUCACUAUUUUGUCCCUUCAUUGUUUCCAGAACUGUUAAUUAAAGUAUAUUUAUAUUUAAGUCA